UCGCAUCGGCAGCAGCUCCAGCAUCAGUCCACCGAGAACCAUUACCACAUCCAAUCCGCCACAGCUGGAUCCAUUCAGUGAAGUCAUCCAGCAGCCAUCAGUCAGUCCGUCAGUAGAGUUUCGGCCGGCAGCCAGUGAGCAAGCGUUUCCUGUUCCGCGAGUUCCCGCGAAGUGUUUCACCAUCAGUUUAGGUUUGGCAGUUGCCUCCCCGUGCCGUUGUCGUCGUCGUCGGUGUGCGGUCCUCCCGUGCGAACGAGGAGCAGCGGAGGCUAAAUUUGGGCGCUUGUGAUUGGGCAGUGCAGAGUCUUCAUCAUCAUUAUAAGUGAAAUUGGCAAUAUCGGCAAUUUUCUUGGCGAAUACGGCGAAGAUUUCCAGGGCGUGACCGCGAGGAAGAAUACGCUGCGUGCUCAAGAGCAAGAGGUUAAUCAUCCGGAAGUGGGUUCGCGUGAUAGCUUUCUCGGUGCUGUGGAUGAUCCGUUUGUUCAAGUGGAAAAGUGCGUGUCAGUCGGUUGUUUCCUAGCUUCAGGCCGUGGCCCCUUCGUUGUCCUUACAGUAGUGGUAUCACGCGGUGUAUUUGUUGUGAUAUUUCGCUUCUCGUAGAUGGGAAUAUUAUGCUAAAAAGCUCCCCGCAAGUUGUCAUCAGGUGUUAGCCAGGGUUGUUGCUGCUGCUGGCCCCACAGUUCUAUCGAGGGCAAUAAAAGUGAAACUCUGAAAAAGUGAAAUUUCUGUGUGUUCGCACGGAGGGGAUUUUUGUGUUCAGAAUAACGAAGAUGAAAUACAGUUAAUGGGUGUAUCAAGUUGAAGAUUUUGCGGAAAUUUCGUGGAAUGUGCUGAUUAGAAUUCUCUGUACUUGAAGCUUCAAUCAUCAUCAUCAUCGCUUUCGUCGCUGUCAUAGUCGGUAGUGACACUCGAGAAACUGUUCAUAAAUCCUAAUCACAGCACAAGCCACAAGCAAGCAUGUUCUCACUCUGCUCGAAACCAGCGUCGGACGCUUCGUCAUCGCAGCGCACACAACAGCAUGGCACAUGUAAAGGAUGCAGCUCCUCUGUCGGCAAGCAGAUUAAAGGCGGAUACCUUUUAAGAUAUAAAAAAUCUGUUCUCUGGAGCCGGUGGUCGGAAGAAUGGGUUGUGCUAUAUGACGAUUCGACGAUGGCAUGGUUCACGGAACCGGGCCGAUCUUCUCCAGCUGGCAAAAUUCUCGUCAAGGAAGCCCCAGAGAUGCUGGCGAUAGCGCACUGGACCGGACAGAUUCCGCGGCGGCCUCCCCUACCGGACGGUGUCAGUUUAUCGCAGCUCAUCGCUCUCGGCUCCCGGCGGAAACGGUCCAAGGUGUACUGGAUGAUUGCCAAGAGCGAGGAAGAAGUCAGCGACUGGAUUGCAGCAAUAACGAAAACGCUUCCACCACGCCCCAGAUCGAACUGGUAG